GUUGAUAAAACCUCGCCGCAUCAACUACAAAGAUGGACCGUUAACCUCCAAAGCCACUCGUCCUCUGUUUCUGGGACCGAAUCCAGUCUUCUGAUAUAUAGCCAGGCCAUUUGGUGUACUCUUUUCUUUGUUCUCUGGUUCUACAUCAGAAGCUGUGGAAAGGCUUUACACACGUGAUCGAAAAGCACCCAAGAGUGACAAUAGCAAUCACUCCUUCGAUCGUUUCCACUUUGGGGAGUCCGCCAGGAGCAGUAAUAGACAUCCAAGUCAAAAAGAAAGAGCCCUGCUGCUCUUUUCCUUGUCAUCAAAUGUUUCCGACAAUGGGACCAGCUUUUUCUCUGUGCCCUCAAUCGCCUGUACCGGCAGCGCAGUUGCCAAACUAUCCUGCUGUAUCGCAGAACCAUUAUGAUAUUCUGCCCAUAUUUGCAAAUGCCGCCUACUAUCCGAACUGGCGCGUAUACAAGGAGCAGCCACCAUCAUCGUUGAGACUGGGAUUCAUCUCCCACGUUUUCUAUGCUUUUGCCUGGGUCAAAGAAGACGGAACUGUUUAUAUGAGCGAUGAGUGGGCCGAUUGCCAAAUGCCUGUCGAUGGUACAACAGGAUGCCUUAGGGCAUUUGUGCAAUUGAAACAACGAUACUCGCAGAUGAAAGUUAUCCUUUCAGUUGGAGGCGGAGGUAAAGGAAGUGAGAAUUUUGCUAGCGUUGCCAGCAAUCCCACGGCCGUGCAAACAUUCGUACGGACAGCGAGAGGAUUGGUUGACGAGUUUGGUUUGGACGGAAUCGAUAUCGACUGGGAACAUCCUUCCGACCCGCAACAAGGCCUCGACUACGUCUACCUUCUCUCCCAAUUACGGCAAGGGCUGCCAUCUCCGCGUUAUCUUUUGACAACGGCGCUUCCAGCUGGAGAGUGGGCUCUUCGAAAUAUCAACCUUGCGGCAGCUCAGACCUAUCUCGACCUGAUCAACAUUAUGGCCUAUGACUUUUCAGGCCCCUGGACGGAUCGGACAGGGCACCAAUCCCAGCUCUAUACCCCUUCUCGCCCUAACAGCGAAUCUGCAUACAUAUCAUGCCACUCAGCUAUGACAUAUGUUCUGUCCCAAGGUGUAAAUCCCAGAAAGGUCCUUCUGGGUAUACCAGUUUACGGACGAUCAUUCCUUGGGAGCAACAAUGUCGGUCAAUCCUAUUCUGGAUGUGGCGGGGAAGAAGGUACAUUUGACUACCGUGACCUUCCUCGUCCUGGAGCAAAGGAGCAUCAUGAUGAUAAAGUAGGAGCAGCAUACUGCAUUGGCGGAGACGGUGGUUUCGUGACUUACGACACGACGCGCACGGUGCAGCAAAAGGCCAAGUACGUCGCAAGGUCGAACCUUGGUGGUCUCUUUUACUGGCAUAUUGCGUCAGAUGCAAGGGGAUCUAGGAGUCUCAUUGAGACCGGAUAUAAUAUACUACACGAUAUGUGAUAUGGCCGCUGGCAGUGGAUAUGGGUUCCUCGGAAUUAUGUCGGGAUAUCCUCCGUGUAUUCACACAUUUCUUGUCAGCAAUUUACUCCAACCAAGCUUUUUUGAUGUUCGGGCAUAUCUUUUAAGGGGUCCAAAUUAGGGAAGUAAUAUGUUAAUGGGAAGCCAAACAGGCUUUGAAUCUUUAUAGGAAUCAGAUCAUCACUGCUCU